UUUAAGAGAAACGUACAGGGACAAACAAUUAUAUAUAUAUAGAAGUUUUUUACAUAAUUUCCAGUCUUCCACAUUUCUCUACAACUUAUUUUAGUUAUAACCAACUCAUCAAAGAAAACCAUUACAUAUAUAUACCCUUCUCUCUAAAACUACAGAAAUCAAAUUAAACCCCUUCAAGAAACCAAGACUCGUUUCCAAAAACCAUGGCGGACGAAAGCGGCAGCAGAGAAGCUUUGUUAGCCAACCGGAGAAAGAACAUGUUCCAACGCUGCGUUUCGCACGCCCACGACGAGUUGAAGAGCUUCCGGUCCUAUCUCCGGUGGAUGUGCGUUGACCAGUCCAACGUCUGGAGAUUGUGCCUCUCUUGGAGCGUUUUCGUUGUUUUUACUAUCGUCGUUCCGGCGGUGUCUCAUUUUCUUUUCGCCUGCUCCACCUGCGACGGCAAGCACAAGAGGCCGUACGACAGCGUCGUGCAGCUGUCGCUGAGCGGCGUGGCGACGUUGUCGUUUGUGUGCCUGUCGUCUUUUGUGAGGAAGUAUGGGCUGAAAAGGUUUCUGUUUUUUGAUAAGCUUUACGAUGAGAGCGAGACGGUCAGGAGGGGAUACACCGCACAGCUUAAUAGAUCUUUGAAGCUUCUCAGCUGCUUUGUCAUACCAUGCUUUGUUGCCGAGAGUGUAUACAAGAUAUGGUGGUACUCAUCCGAAGCCUCGCAGAUUCCUUAUGUGGGCAAUAUUUACGCGAGUGCCGCAAUGGCAUGCAUAAUGGAGCUAUUCUCCUGGCUCUAUCGCACGACCGUGAUUUUCCUCGUGUGUGUUCUCUUCCGUCUCAUAUGCUACCUUCAAAUCCUACGGCUACAAGAUUUUGCCACAAUGUUCGAAGUGGACUCUGAUGUCGGAUCAGUGUUAUCGGAGCACCUUAGGAUCCGAAGGCACCUGAGGAUCAUAAGCCACAGGUGCCGCGAUUUCGUAUUGUGGAAACUCAUUUUGGUCACGGGGAGCCAAUUUGCUCUGUUGCUCAUCACAACCAGUUCCAGUGCUAUUGCCAACCUUGAUAUUUGCACAGCUGGAGAACUUCUGUUUUGCUCCAUAACUCUAGUUACCGGGCUCCUCAUCGUGCUGCGCAGUGCAACCAAAAUCACACACAAGGCGCAAGCAGUCACAUGUCUUGCUGCCAAAUGGCAUGUCUGUGCCACAUUAGAUUCGUUUGAUGCAACAACGGCUCAGAUCGCCAGUAACGGCCGAGUGUUCCUUGCAGAAUCCGAUAACGAUGAGACUGAGGACGAGGCUGAGGAUGAAGAAGAUGAAUUGGACAACAGCAAGUUGAUACCAUCAUAUGCAUAUAGUACCAUCUCUUAUCAGAAAAGACAAGCUCUAGUGACAUAUUUCGAGAACAACAGAGCCGGCAUUACUGUUUACGGGUUUACAUUGGACAGGACUACGCUACACAUGUUAUUUAUGAUUGAAUUUUCAUUAAUUCUCUGGUUGUUGGGGAAGACCAUUAAUGGAAUUUCUUAAUCAAGUAAAUAAGUUCCACAUCAUUUUAGGGUUGUUUUUUUCAUGGGUUCUUCUGUUGUGUUGUUAAUGUUCAUAUUGCCAUAGGAAUUUAGAAUUGGAUAUAAUGUACAUCAAUCCAUCGAUCAAAUAAAACUUUAAAAAAAAAAAAACCCCUCUCUGCUCGGGUUUGAGAGAGCGCCCCUAUGACUAGGCGUCUCUGUACCUGCAUCCAUCUCCAAUGGAGAAAAAUGUUGACACUUCUCCUAAUGUCAUGGCUGUCGAGUAUAGUCCAAGCUGUCUUUCCCAUUUUUUCGUUUUUCUCCUUCACGUCGAGAUCAGUGGCUUUCUCGCCUUCCCAAACAGUCUCAAACAGUCUCAUCCUGGGUUGGAAGCUGAGUUCAGUUCGGGGGCCAAUGUUUUUUUGUUUUUCUCCUUCAAGUAGAUAUCGAUGGCUUUCUCUCCUUCUCAAACGGUCUUAUCCUGGGAUUAGAAGCUGAGUUCGGUUCUGUGGCCGACUGGGUGUAGGGGGUCGAUCGGAAUAGGGUGGGUCGAGGACCAAUUAUGGAGUUGGGAUAUUGGUCUUGACGUCAGGGAUGGAACCAGAAAUUUAAGUUGAGGGGGGCUAAUUUUACCUAUGAUGCUGUCAAGUUUUUCUAAGUUCAUAUAAAGCUUAUUUGUCGUACUUUGACUUUGAUGAGUUCGUAUGAAUUUAAUGGAUUCAUGCCACAAAACUAUUUUGUUAGCUUCUACAUCUACUCAGUACCCAGGGCAUCGGUGCCGGUAGCAUCAAGAUUUGACUGAAAUUUCAGUUUGAUUGAUUUUUCGUUAGUAGUUUGGGACUUGCGGCUUAGCUUCUUUUGAUUUUCUUUGUGAUUGAUCAAAGUUUUCAAAAUAUAUGUCUUGUCAUUUCAGGAAGUAUAGAUCCUAGGUUUUGCUUGUAUCA